UUCUUUUAAAAUUGUAGUAUAUAGUUAGAAAACUAAGAAAUAAUGGAAGAUGAAAAUUUAUUUUCAAAUGGGGGAUCAGUUGACGCCCAAAUAUGGUGAUUUCGACAUUACAGUCUAUUUGUUUUGAUGUAAUCCUACAGCAGUUUUAUAAUUAUCAAAAUGGUGGAACUUCCAAGUGUUUACUUAAUGAGCUAGAAAAGGGGAGAAUUAUUGACUUAUUUUUAGAUGGAAUUUUUACACGGCUUGUGGAUCGAUAUCCUCUCAUUGUCUGUGAUGACAUCAUUAACCUCUUAUGUCAUUCAAACCUGAAAACUGUCUCAUUGAAAGGAUGUAAAAAUGUGUCAGCCAGUGGAUUGAACACUAUUAUUGAAAGAUGCAGCAAAUUAGUAGCGGUGGAUUUAUCAGAAUGUGAUCAUCUCGUUUCAGCCAACUUGUCCAAAAUUUUAAUUAAAGGUGCAAAAAAUCUACGUAUUUUGAAACUGGACUCCUGUGAUACGUUAAGUGACAACACAUUCAAGGAUAUCUGGAACUUUGACCUUGACGUUUUAUCAAAUACCAACUAUAUACAACAUCAUCCUAGUCUAGUUUUAACAAAAGCAGUAAGAAUUAAUUUAUUUGCGCAUCAUUUAACUACUGUCAAUGUUAGCGGAUGUCGCAAUAUAUCUAGUUCCUUUAUCCGCUACUUAAUGUCAGUUGCUCGUUCAAACCUGCAGUCAAUAAAUAUUUCUUGGACGAACAUUGAUUGCAUGGCAUUGGUUUAUUUGUCUGGGUACACUCUGUCUUCUGCGGUGCACAUAGCUGUCAAUAAUGAUACCACAACACCUGUCCCCUACCUGGAAGAACUUAUCGAACAAGCAAAAGUUUAUGAAUUCCAGAACGAAUGUGUAGAGCAGCUUGAUACCGCAAACUUAUCAGAGGAACAAAGUGCAUCAGUGUACCUGAAGCAGCUGUGUGCGUACUGCACACAAGAUCUUGCAUUGCGAAAAUAUUCAACGUCUACAUUUGAUAUGUUUUCAGAGUCGUACGAAGACUAUGAAGUUAUUGAUAGUCAAGUGGUUAAACUUUUCAAGAAUCAAAACUAUUUUGCAAGGAACUUUUUGGAGUCUAGUAAUAAUACCGCUUCGCUGGAUUGGGACGUUUUAUCAGUUAAUGAUUGCAAUGUCUCACUAAGGGCAGACGUUUGUACUUGCACGUCGCCUUCGAAUUUAUCAUCACCAGGAAUUGACAGUCCAUCUACAGAUACUAAGUGCAAGGUACUACUGAAAUCAGAAAAAUCUGAGGACGAUUACAGACAGCUGUUUACUCCAAACAUAACGAGUGUGGAUAUAACACAAAUAGAUUUUUACGAUUUUGAAAUAGGAAAGAAAUGUUUGGAGUUGUUUGCAAAGUCCAAUCCAAAGCUGAAGGAGUUUCAUACCUCUUGGGAAGAAGUGUAUGACUAUGUUCUUUCCAGUAUUGUUUCUAAUUGCUGUGACAUACAAACAUUGUCUUUGGUAGAUUGUGAGAGAAUCUCGAAUGAUGGGAUUUUUGAACUGGCGAAACACUGCAAAAAACUUAAAGCCGUCGAUUUAAAAGGUGUUGCGUUUGUGUACGAUGCUGCCCUGCUAAAUUUAAUCGACAACAACAGUGAACUGCAGUAUUUAUAUUUUGCUGAAUCAGCACUCACUGAUGUAGUCCUACAAAGAAUAUCAAAAAAAUUAAACAGAACGUUGAAACAGCUAGAUUUAUCGUGGUGUGAGAAUAUCACAGAUAAAGGAGUGAUCCAGGUCUUGUCAUCGUGCACGGAACUUUCCUCUCUCGAUUUACGCCAGUGCGAAGUGACUGCUGACACAGUGACGGCGCUAGCAAAAUACGGUGGGAAUCUCACAUCACUUGGAUUAUGCGGAAUUAAGGGUUUAAAUGAUGCAAGUUGUCAAGAAAUGGUGAAAUCGAUGCCUCACCUUCGUACAGUUGAUUUCAGUUGGAACUCCUCCUUGGUUGACGAUUCGAUAUCUACUUUGUUCCUUUCGUGCCCAUGUUUACGCGAAGUCACAAUUGCCGGUUUAAAAAGAAUAACAUCGAAGCCUUUUCUACCAAUCAUAUCAGAUUAUGGAAUAUGGCGCAGAAAACGCGAAAGUAUUUGUUCUAAAUUGCAAAGAAAAUUUGGAGGAAGUACAAGAAGCAGACAAAAAGAUAUUUCUGAUUAUGAGAUAUUACAUCCAGAUUUUUACAUGCCAUUCCGUUCUUCCAACUAUGUUCCACACCUUCAGAAGUUGACAUUGGGAUACUGCGACAAGCUGAACGACCUCCAUCUGGCGGAAAUCGUGGCUGUAUGUCGUGGAACGCUUCUUAUUGAAGAUUAUUACGGCGAAGCUAUCAAGCCGAAGUGGUCGGACUCGCCGAGAACUAAAAUUAAUUAAAGAUGUUGUUUUAUGUUUAUUUUUAAAUGCAUAAAUAUAUAUUUAUCUAUACACUA